AAAAAAAUAAGUCAACGACUCAGAGCAACGUUUGUCUCUGUCCUUUCGUUAGAGCCCGAUGGAGAAAGCGAUGAACUAUCUCGGAAUCGACUUUCUCUGCGCCACUAAUUCCCUCCGUAACGGCCACUUUCCAACGAAAGACUGUCUCUUCCCUCUCAUCACCAAACUGCUUAGCUACUUCCUCGUCGCUGCUUCAAUGACCGUCAAGCUUCCUCAGAUAAUGAAAAUAGUGAACAACAAGAGUGUAAGAGGCCUUAGUGUGACAGCAUUCGAGCUAGAAGUCGUUGGUUACACAAUCUCACUCGCCUACUGUCUCCACAAGAACCUACCCUUCUCAUCUUUCGGUGAAGUCGCGUUUCUUCUGAUCCAAGCUUUGAUCUUGAUGGCUUGUAUCUACCACUUCUCCAAGCCUCUCUCUGUUUCAACUUGGGUCAGAGUGGCUAUCUACUUUGCUUUGGCGCCGACUUUGUUUGCUGGGAAGGUUGAUCCUUUGGUCUUUGAAGCUCUUUACGCGUCUAAGCAUUUGAUAUUUUUGUCUGCGAGGGUGCCUCAGAUUUUGAAGAAUUUUGGAAGUAAAAGCACUGGGCAGCUUAGUUUCUUGACUUGUUUGAUGAACUUGGGUGGGUCUAUGGCUAGGGUUUUUACUAGUGUUCAGGUGAAUGCUCCGUUUAGUAUGGUUAUUGGUAUUGUUCUUGCGGUUUUCACUAAUGGGAUUAUUAUGAGUCAGAUUCUUUUGUAUCGGAGAAAAGGAGAAGAUAAGCAAGUAAGUGAUAAAAAGAUGUCAUGAUAGUCAUGUACUUUAGCUUUGUAAAAGAGAUUACAAAAGAUUGUUUGGACUUUUUUAUUAUCAUUUAAAUAAACUCAAUUUGU